AUGCUUAAUGAGUAUGAAAGUUAUAAAUUACCAGUAUUUCAGGAAUACUGUAAGGAAUACAAUAUUAUAUUAUUUAGUUUAUUACCUUACUCUUUGCAUUUAAUUCAAUUACUUGAUAUCGGUUGUUUUGGUUCUUUAAAGCGUUCAUAUAAUCGACAAAUCGAGAACUUUAUCAAGGUGUAUAUCAUUUAUAUUACCAAGACCGAGUUCUUUCAAGUCUUUAAAGCUGUAUAUAUCGAAGCAAUAUCUAUAUCAAAUGAGCUUCUAGCUUAUACAAAUAUGCUUUUAACUAUUGAGAUUCAUAAUCUCCGUAAAGCAAAUGAAGCAUUUAGUAAACAUCAAAGAGUUAAAAAAGCUUUAAUACAAAAAGGAGAAGCACUUUCACCCCUACAUAACAAAUUAGUCAGCGCAGAGGACACGAUUCCUGUGAUAACGACGACGACCUUUGUCAACACGGCACCAUAG